AUGUCCAAGAAGAGAAAGAGAGAUCUGGCCCAGAGCCAGGAUCAGGAUCAGGAUGACUCGAUCGUUACUCAACCACAAUCGGACCAAAAAUCUCAGACAGUCGCACAGAGUUCCCCCGCAAACGCAAAGUCGAAGGGACAGCUGAAGCAAGAAAAAUCGGAGAGGAGAGCCAAAAGGCAGAAGAAGUCGAGAGAUCAUGGAAAAGGAGAAGAAACAUCUGCGGCCGUCAAUACGGUCACUCCUACACCCGAUCCAACUUCAACAGAAACAAGUGCAGGCAAUGCAGAGCCGCAAGAGCAAGUCCCCGAGACACGCAAGAAACGAAAAGCCUCAAAAAUAGAGAAGAAUGACAGCGAACAGAAAACGACGACUCCCACCCGAUUUAUUGUUUUUGUUGGCAAUCUACCUUUUGAGACCACAUCAGAGCAAAUAAAAGAACACUUUUCGAAACUCUCUCCGACUUCUGUGCGCCUCUCGACGGAUAAAAAGACUGGGAAAAGCAAAGGCUUUGCGUUCGUCGAAUUCGACAACUACGACAAAAUGAAGACAUGCCUGAAGCUAUAUCACCACUCCAUGUUUGACCCUGACGGCAAAGAUGGAGAAACAGGCGCAGCCAGUGAUCAGGGAAAUCUCGGGGAACAACAGUCGCAGAGGCAAGGAAAGAAAAGCAAAGGUCGAAGGAUAAAUGUAGAGCUGACUGCUGGUGGUGGUGGCAAGAGUAAAGACCGCAAGGCCAAAAUCAAAACGAAAAAUGACAAGCUCAAAGAAGAGAGGGAACGAAGAAGGUUGAAGGAGAAAGCUGAGCGCGACAAGGGCGAUUCCCAGAAAAAGGGCCCGCCCGAGACUGGUGCAAAUGCCAUUGUUGUGGCUGGCAGCGAGGUCAAGGAUGACCGUGGGGACAUUCAUCCCAGUCGACUGUCUCGUGUGAAGCAUUGA